AUGCUGAUUGUGACAGCAGUAUGCUCCGUGCAUGUACCGUUCAUAAAAAUCGAAGACGACUAUAAAAUCGGCUACACACCAAGAUAUGCACGUGCAAUGGAAGAACUGAAAAUUCAUAGCGAAUUCAGCAACGGUGAAUUGACAUCGUUGAUCAUGCUUGUGACUGCAUCGGAUGGCGGCAAUAUGAUACGUUUGUCACAUUUGAACGCAACUGUGAAAAUUAUGGAUGAAAUACGCACAAAAUUUAAAGUGAAAAAUCAAAGUUUUGACGAUUUUUGCGACAGUUUUUGCGAUAUCAACGAAGCAGUUGCACAAUUUCGAAAUGGUCUUCUUAUGCAAGAAAGUCAAACAGCAAAACGAAACGAUGAAUCAGGAUCAACGUUCCAUGCCAAUUUCAAUUUAUCAUAUCCAGUAAUGUCAAUACUGGGAAACGAGUUGGAUUUAAGUCGCAAUUUGUAUGGAGUUGAAACGUACAAAUGCGAUGAAACACCUACGUCAGCAACGAAUAUCAGAUCGGUGCACUUGAUCGCGUUGAUGUUUCGAUUCAUUCGACCGAAGCAAUGGACUGUUAAAGAUGCAAUUACGUGGGAUGAAUCCAUAAGGCAUCACUAUCUUAAAGAAAAUAGUCUUACCAAGAUUGUGAAUAUUAAUCAGUAUUCAAUACCGUACCUACAAGACGAGAUUUCGAAAACAUCCAAAUCACUAAGCCCAUACAUUGUUGUUGGCUUCAUCGUGAUGUGUGCAUUUUCGAUAAUCUCCGUUUAUGCAGAAGCUAAAUACAUUGAUCAGUUUCAGGUGCUCAUCGAUACGGGUCCAUCAAUAACGAUCACUUCGUUAACGAAUGUUUUUGCGUUUGCAAUCGGAGCGAUCUCGGCACCGCCCGAUAUCCAAUUGUUUUGUAUUGCGAACGGAAUUGCGAUGUUUUUGGAUCUGCUUUAUACAGUGACCGUUUAUCUUGCAAUUUUGACUAUUGGUGGCAGUUAUGAGAUGAUGCAGCAACAACAACAACAACAACAACAACAUCAAAUACAGCACAAAGAUGGAAAAACGUUCGAUUUUCCGUUGAAUGACAAAACGCCGAACCAUCACUGCACUAAACAUUUUCGUUCAAUUGCAUCCGUUCAAAGUGCCGAUGGAAAGUGGUCAAACUUUUGGACGAGCUACUGCAUGUGGCUUUCAAAUCCAUUCACAACAGUACAAGAUUCGCCACUCAUUGAGGUAAUGAAUCUUCGCGAUCGCUAUAUCAGAAAUGAGAACACAUUCGUUACGGUGCUCAUCGGUGAUACCGGUGAUUUGCGGAAUGCGUCAACGCGAGAUCGUAUCCAUUCGAUGGUGAAACAAUUCGAAAGUUUACCAGAAAGUCGACAGUCAAGAUUCACGUUAUUUUGGAUGCGAGAUUAUGAGUCAUUUAUGAUGAUGGAUGAAGCGAAUGAAGUCGAUGAAACUGAUGCGAACGAAACUGAUAGCGUUGAUGAUAAAUACUCUUUCGAGUCAAUCCAGCGAUUCCUCGAGUGGCCGGAAUAUAGCUACUGGAGGGGUUUUAUGAAUAUUGAUUCAGCGAACAAGCGAAUAAGCAGUUUCUCAAUAAUGACGACGUAUCACGGUCAAAAUCUAUCGUCGUACUCAGAGAAGUUAUCGCUGCUGAAACGAUGGCGCAAUAUUGUCGAUAAUUAUACGGAUCUGUCCGCAUCGGUAUUUGAUGAUUUCGCGCAAUUCACGGAUCAAAUAGAAACGCUCCUGUCACGAGCUAUUAAAUCCUCCGUUUAUACGUUUCUCAGUAUGAUGAUCGUAUGCUAUAUAUUUAUGCCAAGUAUCUCUGCAGUCGCUGCUGCUUCCUUAUCGGUUUUCUCUAUUUUUAUCGGUAAAUUCCAUUUUUGA